AUGUCUUCCCCUGCAGUGAGUAAAGCACCUCCCAAGCUUGGUUCCAAGGCUGGAACCCCCGCAAAAUUACGCAAGGGUUCCGGCUCCAGUACCGCCUCCAAGCCCAGCGUCACUGAAAGUCCCAAGUCCGUGAAGAAGUCAGGCACUCGCAAGCUCGCAACAAAAGACCCAAAGCCCAUCCAAGACGACUUCGACGAUCAAUCUAUCCCUGAAACCCCCUCGCCAAAAUCCAAGAAUAAGGCUAUUUCUUCUGAGCAGCGCCGUCCCAAAUCUCCUCCCGACGAUGCUGUCUCUCAAGCAUCUGGAUCUGCCGCUCCAUCGAGUGGAUUUGCCGGUCAUGCUAAAGGCUUCGCUGGAAAAGUGAAGGACACUGUUCAGAACGGCGCAAAGUCUGUUUCUCAGGACAUUCCGCUUGAUCUGUCUAUUCUCAAGGGUCUUCAAGUCGGAGAUGGUGGAAAGAUCUUUGGCAAGAAGGGCGACCCUCUGGGUGAAGUCGUGGAAGGUGAUCCUGAAGACCUCGUUGGCCAGACAGUCGGCGAAGAUGGUGAAAUUAUCGAUGAGGAGGGUGACCUGAUUGGCCGGGUCGAUGUUCUCAACGAUGUUGCUGAACAAGCUCAGAAUAUCCCCGACGAUGCCGAAUCCAAGCUUGGCGAGGUUCAAGAUCUUGUCACCGAUCUUGCUCAGCUUGAAGGUUUGCCUGUGUCUGAUGGCGGCGUGAUUAAGAACUCAGCCGGUCAGAUUGUGGGCAAAAUUGUCGAAGGCGACCCCGAAGAUCUCAUCGGCUACACCCUCAAUGAUGAAGGCGAGAUUGUUGACGAUGAAGGCGAUGCUAUCGGUCGUGCCGAGCUCCUCCCCAUUGAAGAGCAAAAAGCGAACAUUGAAGAUUCCGUCGAUGAUGCCACCGACCAGGUUAAUGGCGCAAAGGAAGAAGUCGACGACGAAUUCGAAGAUGCACAAGACGGUCUGGUUGAUGGUGUUGCCGAUCAAGCCGAAGAUGCUGUGCCUGAGGAGGUCGACCAAGCCAAGUCAACGGUCGAAGACGAAGACUCUAAUGUCAAUGUUAAUGACGUUGAGGAUACUGCUAAUGAAGCCGUCGACAACGUCAAUGACGCAGUCGGAGAGGCAACUGAUGAUAUCAAAAAUACCACCGAUGAGACUGGUGAUGGUAUCGAGGACAACGUGGAGGACAUCGCCGAAAAUGUUGAGGAAGCCGCGGAAGACGCAGUUGAAGAGGCGUCUGAGCGUAUUCCAGAGCUUGACACACUAGAAGGACUCAAGUGCAACAAGCGCGGAUAUGUCAUUGACGAGGAUACCGGAAAGCCUGUCGGCGAGGUCGUUGAAGGCGACCCCAAGAAACUGUCACGACUUGGCGCUACUCUUGACGACCAGGGCCAAUUCUGGGAUAACCGCGGCAAUGUCAUUGGAAAGGUGAAGGCCCUCCCUGUCGAAGAUGACAAAGAUGAAGAGGGACCUUUCGCUGGCCUUGAAGGUCUCGUUGUUGGCCAAGAAGGCUACAUCGAGGACGAGAAUCAAACCCGCGUCGGAAAGCUGAUUGAAGGUGAUGCGAAGAAGCUUCUUGGCCGUGGUGUGGAUGAGGACGGUGAAAUUCUUGAUCGACAUGGAUCUGUUAUCGGACGUGCCGAGCGACUAGAUGAGCCUGAGCCUGAGCCCGAGGAAGAGUCUGUUACCGACCUUUCUGCUCUCAAUGGCCUCACAUGCAACAAGGCCGGAUGGGUCAUUGGAUCAGAAGGUUUCCCCAUCGCCCGUGUUGUCGAAGGAAAUCCCAAAGAACUCGCCGGCAAGAAAAUCGAAGACGGCGAGAUCUACGAUGGCAAGAAGGUUGUUGGUCGCGUGGAACUGAUCCCCGAGGAGGAGCUCGAGAAUAAGCCCGAGGGCCCAUUUGCCGGCCUAGAAAGCCUCGUUGUCACCAAAGACGGCUUCGUCGAGGAUGAAGAUGGAGCUAUCGUUGGCAAGCUUAUCGAAGGUGAUGCUAAGAGACUCCGUGGCCGUGCUGUUGAUGAGGACGGUGAGAUUACCGACAAGUAUGGCAAUGUGAAGGGUCGCGCCGAGCCUUAUGAGCCCCAAGAGGAGGAAGCGCCCGCUGAGGAAGAUCUGUCAAUCCUUGAAGGAAAGGUCGUCAACAAGUCUGGCAAUGUCGUUGACCCGGCCACUGGCGCUAUUGUUGGACGCAUUGUCGAAGGCGACAAGCGUCUCGCUGGCCGCAAGGUCGAUGGCAAAGGUCAAGUAUGGGGUGAUAAUGGCCAGGUUAUUGGACGCGCCGAGCUCAUUCCUGGAUCGGAGCAACAAAAGGCCGAGGGCCCUUUCUUCGGAUUUGAAAAUGCUGAGGUUGGAAAGGAUGGUGUUGUCAUUGAUGCCGGUCGUAUAAUCGGACGUCUGGUCGAGGGCGAUGCUAAGCGCCUCCUCGGUCGCAAGGUGGACGAAGAUGGUGAUGUUCUCGAUAAGAAUGGCAACACCAUUGGCAAGGCUGAGCGAUGGGAGCCGGAGGAGAAGGCUCGGGAUGUCAACCCGAUGUCUGGUCGCAAGGUCAACAAGGAAGGAGAAGUGCGUGAUGCCGAUGGCAACCUUAUUGGCAAACUGACUUCUGGAAACUUGGCGACCUUGGUUGGAAAGUCAAUCGACGAUAAUGGAUACGUUGUUGACAACGAAGGCAACAAGAUUGGCGAAUGUACUUUGCUGGAGCAUAUUCCCGAGGAAGUCGAGGAAGAGGUGGAAGAAGAAGGCCCAUCUCCCGAAGAGCAGGACGCUCAAGCUAAAGCUGAGCACGACCGCCAGCUGGCCGAGAAAAUGAUCUCCAUCCUCAACCAGACCUUGGACAAGGUCAAGCCCGUCUGUGACAUGAUCAUCCAGAAAAUUGAGAAGGCCGAUCGCACUCCAAAGGACGAGCUUGACGAGGAGAAAUUGGUGAAGGAUGUUAAGCCUUUGCUCGAACAAGGUGGUCAAAUUCUCCAGGAAUGCAAUGGUGCUAUUCGUGCCCUCGACCCCGACGGCCGCAUUGCAGCAACUGCCAAGGCUCGCGCCUCUUCUCGUGAUGCUACUCAAGAAGAAAGCCAGCUUGCCGAUUUACUAAAGACUCUGACCGAGACCGUGGUUAAGACCAUCGAUAAUGGUAAGAGGCUCAUUGCUGAUAUGCCUCACGCCAAGAAGAAGCUCAGCCCCCUUUGGGGUCUUCUGUCUGAGCCACUGUUCCAGAUCAUCGCUGCAGUUGGACUUUUGUUGAACGGUGUGUUGACCUUGGUCGGUCGCCUAUUGGAUGGUCUUGGUUUGGGUGGCCUUUUGAAUGGCAUCCUUGGUGGACUGGGCUUAGAUAAGUUGGUCAGUGGAUUGGGUCUCGGUGGGCUGACAGACGCUUUGGGUCUGGGAGGAAAGUAA